UCCCUGUUGUUGCCAUGGAAACAGCUUGGCUUGUGACAAUCCGGCGCAGCGGCAGCCACAAAGCUCAAAAUGAACAGAAAGAAGCUGCAGAAGCUUACCGAAUCCCUGUGCAAAUCCGCUAAACAUUUUAAUAAAUUUGAAGUGGAAUGUCUCAUAAAACUUUUCAACAACCUGGAUGUGGAACCCAGCGACCGUCAUGCUGUUGUUGGUUUAGAUCGCAACUCAUUUCGCAAUAUUCUACAUGUGACAUUUGGAAUGACAGAUGACAUGAUUAUGGACAGAGUGUUCCGUGCUUUUGACAAAGACAAUGAUUCCUGUGUCAGUGUAACAGAAUGGGUAGAAGGCUUAUCAAUAUUUCUUCGAGGGACUUUAGAAGAAAAGAUGAAAUAUUGCUUUGAGGUUUAUGACCUGAAUGGUGAUGGAUAUAUUUCACGAGAGGAAAUGUUUCAUAUGCUGAAGAACAGUCUGCUAAAACAGCCAUCUGAGGAAGAUCCCGAUGAAGGAAUUAAAGAUUUAGUUGAAAUAACACUGAAGAAAAUGGACUAUGAUCAUGAUGGCAAAGUCUCUUUUGUGGAUUUUGAAAGGGCGGUAAGAGAUGAAAAUCUCCUUUUAGAAGCAUUUGGACCAUGUUUACCUGAUGUGAAGGUUUUUGACGCUUCUGGAAAAAUAUGUCAUCAAAUAGUAAUGUGAUGACUUAUGGUGUAGGAACUCUUACAAUAAAUUUCUUGUAAUGAAUUUUUGAAUUAAUGCAAUUAAAAAACAUUUUAUUGCAGAUAUAUUAAUGUCUAAUUGUUAUAUAAACUUCCUAACUACAUGCAUUUCUGUAAAAUGUUCUGUAAAGUGUUUCAAAAUAAAUGUCUUUUAUGUUUAUGAACUAUUUGAUAAUGGAACAGAGCAUUAUAUGAAACGAAAAUAUUGACGUACAGUAAAGACCCAGAGAAUGAUGCAACUAGCUUCACAUAGUUAGGGAAGGCUUUUAUUUUUUAUUUCUCAAAAAGCAGAAAUUUGGCAAAUAAUUUUAAUAAAUUGUGACAUAACAUGAUUAUUACAUCUCUUUAUAUAAAAUACAAGGGGGCAAAUAAGCCUAAUAUUCCUGGCUUGUAUUUUCCCCACAGGUUUAACCCUGUGAGGGGGGUUGGGCUGAAAG